UCACUGCAAACAUAUACGACGAUGCCAAUUCACAAGUCAUUAUCUUUGGACCGACGUCGCGCCCAAGAUAAAAAGCUGCAAUUUACUGAGAAUGGAAAAUUCCAAAUUUCGGUCUUCAGCGACUUGCAUUUUGCGGAAGGUGCUAAGAUAGCGUCGAACAAUGUUUCCAACAUACUGACUAUGUUCAUAGAUGAGAAAGCGGAUAACAAGACAGCGAGCGUAAUGGACUCCGUCCUAUCCUCGGAGCAAGUGCAACUUGUCGUACUCAACGGAGAUUUGGUCUCGGGCGAGGUAACGCAAAGGUCAAAUUCUAGUCUCUACAUUGAUCAGAUCGUCGCACCACUAGUCGACCAUGAUGUACUAUGGGCAUCAGCGUAUGGGAAUCAUGACAGUGACAUGAAUCUAGACCCCGAAGAGAUGUUCCUCCAAGAGAAGACGCAUCCAAACAGCUUGACACAAAACAUGGUUUCAGGUUCCACUGCUGGCAUCACAAACUAUUAUUUGCCAGUAUUUCCGCAUGAAGCUUCAGCUUCCAACCAUAGUAUCCCUGAACUCAUACUAUGGUUUUUCGAUAGUCGAGGUGGUCAUUAUGUCGGGUCUCAGAAUGAAGAUGGCCAACCGAUCCCGAGAGACAAUUGGAUAGAUGAGAAGGUUAUUGAAUGGUUCAUAAAAACCAAUGCCAACUUGACAACCACCUACGACAGAGAAAUCCCCUCGUUAGCUUUCGUCCAUAUACCCGCUUAUCCCAUGCGCGCGUUCCAGAAGUCUGGUGUCAGCCCAAAAACCGAACCUGGUAUCAAUGGAGAACGAGUCCAGCAGCAAGGCUACAGCCCUAAUACUGGUUACAAUUCACAAGAUCUUCCAUUUAUUGAGGCUUUAUUGAACACUACUGGAUUGAUUGCAACCUUCAGCGGCCAUGAUCACGAUAAUGACUGGUGUUUUAAAUGGAACACUAAGCUUCCUGGCCUGAAUGUCACGGGGAACGGGAUGAACAUGUGCUACGGCCGGCAUACAGGGUAUGGAGGGUAUGGAGAUUGGGCGCGGGGCGGGAGGCAGAUCUUGCUGGAUGAGAAAUUGCUUGGGGAUGAAGUACAAACUUGGAUUCGGAUGGAAGAUGGUACCAUCUCAGGUGCUGUUUAUCUCAAUGCGACGUACGGUCAUGAUCGGUAUGAUUUGGCAGAAAGAAGCACAAGCUGGCAAAGUGGUGAUGUUUCUCCUCAAUACGUUAGUACUUUUUAUUUGUGGAUAGUCGUCUUGUCAGUUCUCAUAUCUGGUAUUCGGUGA